AUGCAUUUCACACUCUCUCUUCUAGCCCUUGCUGGCGCGGCUACGGCCCAGAUCCGUGGCUUCAACUAUGGCGCUUUGUACGCCGACAACAGAGCCCGUAUGUUGUCAGACUGGGAGGCAGACUUCAGGGCUGCGCAAGAGCUGCCGGGAGUUGGUGCUUUCACAUCGGCUCGUCUUUUCACGAUGGUCCAGGGAUACUCGCAGAGCGACAUUAUCUCUGCUCUGCCAGCCGCGGUCGCCACAAACACAUCGCUGUUGUUGGGUCUGUGGUGCAGCGGUGGUGACGCGGCUUUCCAGAACGAGAUCACGGCCCUGCGUGCUGCGGUUCAGCAGUACGGAGAGCAGCUCCAGGGCAAGAUCCUUGGUAUUUCCAUUGGAUCUGAGGAUCUUUACCGCAUCUCGCCCACUGGUAUCGAGAACGAGAGCGGUCCAGGUGCUGGACCACAGCAGCUUGUGAACUACGUUUCGCAGGCUCGCGAGGCUAUCCAGGGUACCGCUUGGGCUGAUGUUCCAAUCGGCCACGUCGAUACCUGGACUGCGUACGUCAACGCCUCCAACAACCCACUCAUCGAAGCUCUCGAUUUCCUGGGCGUCGACGCAUACCCAUACUUCGAGACCGUCAACGAGAACAGCAUCGAGAACGCUGAAGGCCUCUUCUUCGACGCAUACGACGCCACUGUCGGCGCCUCGAUGGGCAAGCCGGUUUGGGUGACAGAAACGGGUUGGCCAGUGACUGGCCCACGGUCCGGCGCUGCCACUUCUGGAACUGAGAACGCCGAGAAAUACUGGAAGGCUGUCGCAUGCAAGCUCUUGGGCAAGACCAACACUUUCUGGUACCAGCUCAACGACGGAGCUGAUCAAGAGGUUUCGUUCAAGGUCAUCCCCGCCGAUCGCCGUGCUCCUCUUUACGAUCUCAGCUGCGAGGGCGCCGAUACCACCCAGCCAACUGCCUCAGCUUCUGGCUCGCGCUCUGCUACUCAGGCCGCCGCUACCGCCACAGGUUCUUCCGCCACUUCGGGCGGUGCUGCCGCGGGUACUCCAAACGACGACGCCCAGAACGCCGCUCAGUCAGGUGCUAGCAGCGGAUCUGGCUCCAGCAGCAGCGGAUCUGGCUCCAGCAGCAGCGGAUCUGGCUCCAGCAGCAGCGGAUCGAGCUUCAGCAGCAGCGGAUCUGGCUCCAGCAGCAGCGGGUCGAGCUCUGGCUCAUCCAGCUCUGGCCAGCAAGGCACUUCAUCCGGCUCUGGCUCAUCAUACCAGCCAGCAGCUGGCAACAACGCCACUCAAGGCAACACCACUUACACUGGACCAUCGUACACUGGAAGCAACCCAUCUUCGUACACUGGUGGCGCUUCUGCCAUGGUUGGUAGUGCCGCCUCCGCUAUGGUGCUCGCAGCUGCUGCGGCCGUUGCUUUCUUGUAG